GUAUACAGUGGGUGUGUACAUAAUUACAAAUGUCCAUGUGCAGGUAUGUAUGUACAGUUUAAAUAAUCAGUGCAAUUGUAAAGCUAUCCUUUAAGAAUACUAAACAUUUCUUUUUGUUUUCAGUGCUUUGGAGAAAUGUUCACUAGCUUCCUGUUGAGAACAUGUGUAAGUGGUCACUCAAGAUCACAAGCACAAAAUCUGCAUACAGUCACAAGUGUAUUAUCAGUCAGAUGCGUGUAUCCCCUCGAUCUGGCAACCCUUCCGGACAUUUUAUCAAACCAAUGUAUCUUGCCAACUUACACAUCCAACAUAUCAGCUCCACACACACCCACACAAACUCACAUUUAUGCGCAUUUCCAAUUUUGCUAUGUUUUAUGAGUAAUCUCCACAGCUUGUCGUUACAUUAAAUUAUUUCGCAUACAAACUUCAAUUCCCAUCAUGCCUAUCGGAGGAUCAUCACGACGACAACGAUGCUCGAACAUACAAAGCAGCAGGUAAACAAGUCUGGUCGAGCUGCUGUAGCGAUGCACAUGAACGCCAAUUUCAACGCGUUUUGCUCACUGCAAGAUGAGGAUGGCUUCAUAAUCAAGAUGCAAAGUGCGUGCACGCGCCCACAAAUGGGACAUUUUGGGGCACAGCUGAGAGCUUUGCACACUUCAUAGUGUUUAAUGCGAUGGGACCCAUCCUGCAGGAACAAACUGCAUCUGCGACACUGAGGAAGCUGUCAGGGAAGGAGAAGGUUAGAAUGAAAAAUGCAGAAAACACUGGAAUUGUUGCCAGCAAUAACAAUACGAGAGGAGGAUGUGUGAUCCAGAAUAAGAAGACUCUCAAGAAAACAGUGCCCUUGCAUUCAGGCCAAGACAAGGAUCCUGUGCCCAAAACCGAAAUUGUCCAAAAUGGCAUUAAACCAAAGAAAGCAAAGAGUCCGACUGGUGGCACUUGCAAGUCGCGUGGCACACAGGUUGAAUCAGACCUGAGGCCUCCACGUCCCAAACUCUCAUGUCAAGAGCGUGGACAGGAGAAGCAGAAAAUUCAGCUGGAGCCUCAGUCCUGUAGAGAUAUGGUACAGAGACACGUGACCUUGGAGAAGAGCCGCCGUGCUCUCUCACUGCCCUUGGCACCUCAGCCUAUGCUGCAGCAGCUCACCCUCCAGAAGCGAGCCCCUGAUCUGGAAGCACUUCGUCUCCUGGAGCACAAGGAGGAUGACUCCGACAGCGCCAGUGACUUGUCCGACUCUGAGAGGCUUCCUGUCCUGCCUUCUCCCUGCACUCCUCCUCAGCUCAACCUCCGAGCCGAGGUGAUCGACACUAUGGACCUGCAUCCCCACAUUCCCGGACCCAGGACAGUGGACAACCGGGACAUCGACUACAGCUAUCCAGACUUCCUGCCACCUCCGUUCAAUACCUGGAGCCUGAGGCAGCUUGCCAUCUUUCUCAACACGGAGGGCAAGCGAGCUCCUCGGCCAAAACCCAUAGGGCAGCUUGAGAAGUAUUUAGAGCGCCUCCUUCAACUGGAGUGGCACCAGAUACAAACAAUUCAAGCUGAAAGCGGCCGCCAUGUUGUGCCCAUCAUCCGAACAAGAGGUCAAGCCUCCAGUGUCCUAGCAAACAGCAACCAGCAAAGACCUCACACUGCGCCCCCGACGCGUCUUAGCUCUCCGAAAAGCUUUCGACAGGGUCAGCGUUCCUUCUUCUCUUCUUUGGGCAGCCCAUCAUCCAGCCAGGUUUCUCGUCUGGUUUGCCCUAACUGCCACAUCCGCUACCCACUCUGCAAUGGCACUUGCUGUUCCUCAUAUGCCUACCAGCGGCAUUCCCGCCUCAGCCCCCUUUUAGAGCGCAAAGCCCCUCCAGCUAACACCCAAAAGAGGAGCAGCAGUGAAACCCGGGCCUCAACCUCCGAAAACCAGGCCACAAAGAAAAACCAGCAUCUGGUCAGUCCUCAAGCAGCAAAGGCUCACCAGAACCACAUGCAGGCUGCAGGUAACGUGCGCAGGGCAUCUCAAGAAUUUAACCCCAAUGGCAAAUCCCAUUCUUCGUUCAGGAAAGGAAAGACUGGGAAGUCAAGCGAGGCAGAGAGACUGAAAGAUUCACCCGGAGCCAAAUGCGGAGAGGUUGAUAAGCGGAUUCCUGCUGCUUUGAAAAGGGACGGUUGUGGGCCAGGCAAGAAAGCACUUAAGGAUGGUGCAAGAGCUGAAACCAGUGAAGUACGAGUAAGGUCUGGCAGUAAAAGAGCAGUGGCCGACGGCUCUAAUGCAAAAGUGACAUCAGCUACCAAGAGUACUGUCAAAGUGAAAAAUACUCAGUACGCCAAGUAGAGUAGUUUGUGUCUAUUUUCAGUUGCCUCAAAGACGUUUCCAUUUUGCAAACUGUAAACAAAGAGCUAAUUCAAACAUUCUGAUGUCCCUGUGGUUAAGUGUAGUUUUUAAAGGUACAGGAAGUUUUAGCAAAAUUUCAUCUGCAAAAAAAUAUCUAUUUAUUUUGCCCGUAGUAGGCAUGGGGUGAUAACCGUUUCAAGGUAUACCUUGGUUUGGAUGUCAAGGCUUUAAAACCACCAGCAUUUUCUGCCAUACUAUUUCUUUUUUUAUUUACAAAUUGUAAAGAAAUUUGUGUUUUAGAAACUAAUGAAGACAGCAACGAUUCAUUUGAAUUAUUUAGCCUGACAUGA